ACACAGGUGUUUUAUUCUGCUCCAGCAGGUGGCGCUAGUGCACCUUUACGCUGGUCACCAACCACCCGAGAAAGCAGAAACCGGAAGCUGCUAGCAGAGCUAGCUUGUUGUUGUUCUGGUGUGUGAGGAGAAUAUUUGAGGCUCUGCAGUAAAAAUGUCUUCACUUCAGUCUCUGGGAGAGUUGAUCAGCUAAAGCGACUAACUGCUGCUGCUGCAGAAAUCUUCUCACCAGGCUGUGGAAACUUUCUCCUCCUCAACAACUUGGUGGAGUUCUUUCCAGAACCGGAGAAGAUAUUCUGCGGUCUUCGUGACAAUCGGAGCUCCAGAAUCAGGUUGUGGGUGAGAAAAGCUUUUCUCUAGACUUCCUGCCCUCUGGAUCUGCUGCUGUUCCUUUGGCCUCUCUGAGAAACGCGCUCGUUUUGCUGCUUUCAUCAGAUUGAAGAGGUUCCCUCUAUCAGACUCGCUCAUCUGAGUUGGUCAUGAUGCAGGAUCGCUGCUCGCUCUCUGAUCCAUCCUGCUCACACUCUCCGACGGAAAAGCCCCGAAUCUGAAUGUGACUCUGGAGGAAAAAGCGGUUAGCUCUACUCCGGGAACUCUGCUGUUAGCUAAACACGGCUAAAGAAAACCUGCUACCACUUCAGGAUCUGGGACUGAUUCAUCGUGUGUUCUUCACCACCUGGACCUGGACAGCAUGGACACAGAUGUUCAACAGGUGGUUCUGGUUAAAGAAGAAGCUCUUGAAGAACAGAGUGCUGGUGUGGACCAGCAGGACCAAGAAAGUCUCCACAUAAAGGAGGAACAGGAGGAACUCUGGACCAGUCUGGAAGGAGAGCAGCUUCGUUUGAAGGAGGAGACUGAUGGUGCCAGGUUUCCAUUCACUGCAGUUUCUAUAAAGAGUGAGGAUGAUGAAGAGAAACCUCCAUUCUCGCAGCUUCAUCUGCACCGAAUAGAAGACCGAGAUGUCCCAUCCAGCAGCUCAGCUGACCAGAUGACAGCAGAAACUGGUGGAGGAGUAGAAACUAGCAGGAACUCAGAUCUGAACUCUGAUGAACAGACAUCUGAUUCUUCCGAGACUGACAUUAGUGGAGAUGAAGAAAAGGAGGAGGAUGACUUAAAUCUAGACUCUGUGUCUGAAACUAGAGACAAAGACGAUGACUGGAAUGAGUCAGGUGUUAAUUCUGUCAACAAAUCCUUUAGCUGCCCUGAGUGUGAUAAACGAUUUCUCCACAAGUGGUCUCUCCAGAAACAUGUGAGAGUGAAAGGUCAUUCAGCAAUAAGGUCUUCAGGCUGUUUUGUUAAUAAGACAUGUGUUAUAGUGAAGAAACAUGUAGACUCGUGCUGGAAAGUCAAGAUAGAAUCAAAAUCAUUUAGUUGUGGUGACUGUGGAAAAACGUUUAGUCAUAAAACAAAUCUAAAAAGACACAUUAAAGUCCACACAGGACAGAAACCAUUUGCCUGUGAACAGUGUGGACAAAGAUUUAGCCAAAAAGCAAAUUUAAACAGCCACGUAAGCAUCCACACAGGACAGAAACCUUUUUCAUGUGAACUCUGUGGGCAAAGAUUUACUCGAAAGACAAGUCUAAACAUUCAUUUGAGAGUCCACAAAGGGCAGAAACCAUUUGUCUGUGAGCUCUGUGGACAAAGAUUUACUCGAAAGACAAGUUUAAACAUUCAUAUGAGAGUCCACACAGGACAGAAACCGUUUACGUGUGAACUCUGUGGACAAAGAUUUAAGCAAAAGGCAUCUUUAAACUAUCACAUGAGUGUCCACACAGGACAGAAACCUUUUGUCUGUGAGCUCUGUGGACAAAGAUUUACUCAAAAGACAAGUUUAAACAUUCACAUGAGAGCCCACACAGGACAGAAACCAUUUGUCUGUGAGCACUGUGGACAAAGAUUUACGCGAAAGACAAGUUUAAACAUUCAUAUGAGCGUCCACACAGGACAGAAACCUUUUGUCUGUGAGCUCUGUGGACAAAGAUUUACUCAAAAGGCAAGUUUAAACGUUCACAUGAGAGUCCACACAGGACAGAACCCUUUUGUCUGUGAGCUCUGUGAACAAGGAUUUACCCGAAAGACAAGUUUAAACAUUCACAUGAGAUUCCACACAGGACAGAAUUUAUUAACGUGUAAACUCUGUGGACAAAGAUUUAAUCAAAAGACGUCUUUAAACAAUCACAUGAGUGUCCACACAGGACAGAAAGCUUUCGUCUGUGACCUAUGUGGACAAAGAUUUACUUAUAAGCAAAAUUUAAACAGACACAUGAGAGUCCACACAGGACAGAAUCCUUUUGCCUGUGAGCUCUGUGGACAAAUAUUUACUCGAAAGACAAAUUUGAACUAUCACAUGAGCAUCCACACAUGACAGAAACCUUUUGCCUGUUAACUACGUGGACAAAGAUUCAAUCAAAAGGCAAGGUUAAAGGGGUAGAAGAAUGCAGAGCACCAUUUUCCUUGUUGUUGAAUAUACACAGCUUGGGUGGUCAAAUGUAGCAUACCACAACAUCAAAGCCGUGCCUGACCUGCUUUCUAAGUUAAUUAGAAAUGUUAAAAAUGUGAGAAGAAAACUCCUGUGCUGUGCUACGUUGUGGCCGUGAGGUGAACCCCGUUUUCGUUUCAUCUUCCGACCUCUUUUGGCGUCUUGCUCUUUGCUCCAUAAAAAUAGUACAUUAGUACUGGUUCCAAAGGUGGUUUCUCUUCUGAAGGUUCCACAGUUUUAUAAAGAUCGUUGUUUUAAUUCGGGACUAGUUUGUUUUGAGCGUAAUGACUUCGUACUGCUUUUGUCAGCAGUCACAUCAUCAAUAAAUACAAGAGAACCAGUUCCACUGGCAGCCAUACAUGUCCACGCCAUGACACUUCCAGCACCAUGCUUCACUGAUGAGGUGGUAUGCUUAGGAUCAUGAGCAGUUCCUUUUCGUCUCCAUACUCUUCUCUUCCCAUCACUCUGGUACAAGUUGAUCUUUGUCUCAUCUGUCCAUAAGAUGUUGUUCCAGAACUGUGAAGGCUUUUUUAGAUGUUGUUUGGCAAACUAAUCUGGCCUUCCUGUUUUUGGGGCUCACCAGUGGUUUACAUCUUGUGGUGAACCCUCUGUAUUCACACUGGUGGAGUCUUCUCUUGAUUGUUGACUUUGACACAGACACACCUACCUCCUGGAGAGUGUUCUUGAUCUGGCCAACUGUUGUGAAGGGUGUUUUCUUCACCAGGUAAAGGAUUCAUCGGUCAUCCACCACAGUUGUUUUCCGUGGUCUUCUGGGUCUUUUGGUGUUGCUGAGCUCACCGGUGCGUUCCUUCUUUUUGAGAAUGUUCCAAAUUGUUUUGGCCACGCCUAAUGUUUUUGCUAUCUCUCUGAUAGGUUUAUUUUGUUUUCUCAGCUUGCUUCACUGAUAGUGACAGCUCUUUGGAUCUCAUCUUGACAGUUGACAGCAACAGAUUCCAAAUGCAAAUAGCACACUUGAAAUGAACUCUGGACCUUUUAUCUGCUCAUUGUAAUUGGGAUAAUGAGGGAAUAACACACACCUGGCCAUGGAACAGUUGAGAAGCCAAUUGUCCCAUUACUUUUGGUCCUUUAACAAGUGGGAGGCACAUAUGCAAACUGUUGUAAUUCCUACACCGUUCACCUGAUUUGGAUGUAAAUACCCUCAAAUAAAAGCUGGCUGUCUGCAGUUAAAGCACAUCUUUUUUUGUUUCAUUUGAUAUCCAUUGUGGUGGUGUAUAGAGCCAAAAAUGUUAGCAUUGUGUCAAUGUCCCAAUAUUUAUGGACCUGACUGUAGCACUGAAACUGCUCAUGUGUGAAAAAAUAAAGUCAUAAAAUUAUAAAAUUUCAUAAACAGAUGAAAGAUUAAAAAUUUGAGUUAAAAAUAAGAAAAGGUUUGGGUAAAAGCAGCUUUAAAUCAAAGGGUCUUUGGCUGUUUUUUUAAAAGUGUCCAGACUGUCAACGCUGCGUAAGGAUAAAGGAAGAUCAUUCCAGAGUCGGGGUGCAACAGUCUGGAAGGAGCAAUCACCUCGACUUUUGUAUCUGGCCUUUGGAACUUCUAGAAUGUUCUGGUGUGUGGAGCUGAGGGCUCGGGUUGGAGCAUAAGUCUUUAACAGUUCAGUAAUUUAGGGAGGAGCUUGACCAUGUAGAGCAUUUAAAGUUAUAAAUAUAUAUUUCAGUUAUCAGCAUUCUAAAAUGAACUCUAAAUUUAACAGGUAACCGGUGCAGAGACAUUAGAAUCGGAGAGAUGUGUGCUCUUCUGUCAGUUAAGUCUGUCUUGACGGCAGACGAUAAAUGGCCAAGUUUUAGACUAAUCAGGGGAACCAUGCUCUCAGGGGCAAUGAUCAGACAUUCAGUCUUUUCAGAGUUUAACUGAAGGAAGUUCUUCUAGCCACCUGGUGAUAGCUGAUAGACACUCUAGUAAUUCAGACCGUUUGUAGAACUCGGAAUCCUUAAACAGUGCAGCUGAAUGUCAUCUGCAUAUAGGUGAUAAGAGACCUUAUGAAAACAAUCAAGUAUCUGUCCAAGAGGGUGCAUGUACAGCAGAAAUAACAGUGGACCCAAAACAGAACCUUGGGAUACCCCACAGAACAGGCCAGUAGAAUCUCACAUGAUUUGGUUUAUACAGACACUGUAACUUCUGUUACAAAGGUAUGAAUCUAAACCAGUCUAGAACAGUUCCAGAGAUCCCCACCAAGUCGUUUAAUUAAGGUGCUGUGAUCAACAGUGUGAAAAGCUGCACAAAGAUCUAACAAUACUAACCCCU